AUGGACGCUGGCUGGGAAGAAGUUGAGCGCAUGGCAGUAGCCGCAUCGACCGAUGAUGCUCGGCUGGCUUCUGAAUACCCUACACCAGAGACCACGAAACGAUGGAGGCGCCUCUUCGGUUAUUCCCAGAUGGAGGCCGUAAAGCUCAUCGGCGAUCAACGAGGGGACGUCACCCGCGAACGCAUCACUGACGAGCAUUGGACUCUUAUUAGAGAGGAGAAGGAGAUCUUGGGCUACGACCGCGAGGCCUACGAGCACAGCCUCCAGCUUUCCCAUGUGUUCAAGCGACAGAGCGCCUUAAUUCCAACGACUGGGUCAGAUGGAGCGAUGAUGUUGCUCUUCCGGCUCGGUGGUUUGCUAAGCACGCCGGAGAAAGUGAAAGAAGUUGCGGGCCUGGAGGAGCUGCCGGUGGUCCGAGAAGGAAUGAGCGAGAUGGAGAUGGUGAAGUUCUGUGCUGUCGACAAGGAGGCGCAGAAGAAGCUAGAGGACUGGUUGACGCAGCAGUCUGUACUACAAAGGAUUGAGCACAACAACCACAACGGCUUACCAUCAGACGGCAGGCAUCUGAUCCGAUGGCUAUGUGAGAUAAUGAAGACUUCCUGA